CUAAGACAAGCUAGCAAGGCAGCUACCACCUAACCACGACUGAGAGGACGACGGUAGCAAGUUAGCAUAAACAGCCAGUCUUUACAUAGGAAAGGUAGCGUAUGUCAUUUAAUUUGAAUGGCUAAAAUUCCCGUAGUGACUGGCUGACUUGUUGUAGACAACACAUGUGGGAGAAACAUUAAAGCUGCUUCUCCCAGCGUCUCGUAUUCCCUCUGUUCUCGGCAAGAUGUCAGCUUUCUCUGAGGCGGCUUUAGAAAAGAAAUUAUCCGAGCUCAGCAACUCACAGCAAAGUGUGCAGACGUUGUCGUUGUGGCUCAUUCAUCACAGAAAACAUUCGAGGACCAUUGUCAAUGUUUGGUUCAACGAACUGAAAAAAGCUCAGGUAUCACGCAAGCUGACCUUCCUUUACUUGGCCAACGAUGUCAUUCAGAACAGCAAGAAGAAAGGACCAGAAUUUACCCAGGACUUUGCACCGGUCAUCGUUGAUGCGUUCAAACAUGUUUACAGAGAUGGUGAUGAGGGCUGUAAGAAACAGUUGGGUCGAGUUUUAUCCAUCUGGCAGGAGAGAGCUGUGUAUGAGAACAACCUGCUGGAUCAGCUCUCACAAGUCCUGUAUGGAGAAAAGAAGACUAAGAAGAGGUCGUAUGAAGAGAUCCAACCAGAUGAUGAGGACUUUGCUUCCCAGAGCUCCCCGGCAGAGCCCCCACAGACAGCGGAGUUAAUCCGAGCUUUGCAGGAGCUGGAAAAUGCAGCCUCUGGCGACUCAGUGCUGCGUCAGCGCAUCGCCUCCCUUCCCGCUGAGGUGCAAGACACAUCGCUGCUUCACAGGAUCACAGAUAAGGAGUCAGGGGAGCGGCUUUCCCGGCUGGUGGAGGAGGCUUGCAUGCUGCUUGCAGACUACAGUGGCCGUUUGGCGGCAGAGAUUGACGACAGGAGGCAGCUCACACGCACACUAACGGUCUUCCUGCAAACUCAGAAGGACGGCCUGGCCCAGAAUGAGCAGAAACUCGAAGAAUACAAACGUAAACUGGCGAGGGUGACCCAGGUCCGGAAGGAGCUGCGUUCACGUCUGAACAAUCUUCCAGGAGGACUCUACAACUCUUCAAACUGACUGAAGCUUCACCUCCCGAUCAGACACCUUCCCCUCCUGCUACUGAAACAUCUCAACGUCUCUUUUAGAUAUCUGAUCAGUGACAUUGCCAUAAUCCUCUUGAGUUUGGAAACUGUCUGUGUCCCCCUGUACGGUGACAUGUGGUUCUCAGUCUGUCUCCAGCAGAUUAUUAAUCCACAUGGCUUUUAUUAAGUCUUCUCUUUCUUGUCUGUGAGCUCAUCUUGUUGUGCUGUAUGUUAUCAGUACGUUGUAAACUAAGGUUUGUUAUGCCUCUCAGACUUUGGCCCCUGCCCAUUUAACUUAAACAGCUUUAAAGUGGUAUGGGUGAUGCUGGUGUGAUAUUUUUGUAUUUAUAGUGACUUAAGACAAUGCACCAGACUAUACCCCCUUAGUGUGAUCAUUCAUGAUAAUUUACUGUAUUUCAAUUGAUUUGAUAACUUUGUUUUACACUUUCUGUAAAUGCAUCUGUCAUACUCUUUGUUAUAGAUCAAUUCAACAGUUGUUUCAGCUGGAUCGAUGUUUUAUGCAGUGUGAUAAUGGCCUCUGAAGAGUGAAAUUAUUAGGAAACCAUAUUCUGAAGCUGAGUAGUAAGCCAUGUCCCUGAAAGCAAAUCAAAAUAUGUAAUUAGCAUUUACAUAAAGCCUCUUUGUGAGAGGGGUGUGUAAAUCAUUGGUCAGUGUACAUAUUCAAAUUUGCAUGUAAAUAUGAUGGGAGUUAUACCUGUAAGUGCUUAUGAUUUGUAUCCAUGUCAACAUGGCUUGCGAAAUGGUCAUUCAGACAAAUUACUGAGGUAUCUCUGUACAUUGAUAUCUUUGUAGUUGCUAAGACCUCCACUGUACUGAAAUAAUGGGUGAAGGAGUCUGUUGUCUUGUUUACUGUAUCACACUGCUUCAUAUAUUUAUCCUUAAGUCUACUGAAUGCCAUGCAGAUGCCUCACACAGCUUGAUAGGUGCCCCAGGUUCCAAAGUCAGACUUGAGCCGUUUGUUUUUGUACAUAUGAAGCAAAAUAUUCUUAGAACCAAAUAAACAGAA